AAGAGGCGUGGCAUACAUCCAUGGGCGAAACCCACGUGACAGAGAUACAGGAAAUCACACUGAGUUGGGGUUUGGGCGUCUCUUUUCCUCUUCUCUAAAUACUCUGUACAAACCGUAUCUGGCAGUUUAUAUUGUUUUGUCGCCAACUGACUAUUGAAAAAUUAUUCAAGUUAAAAUGUGCAACGGCUGUGUACAAAAAGAAUACCCAGACCGGGGGAACACUUGUUUGGAGAAUGGCUCUUACCUGAUGAACUACCAGGGCUGUGCCAACUGCCAUCAGAGGGACUUUGUGCUGAUCAGCAAUAAAGCCACAGAGGAUGAUGAUGGAGAGGAGAUCGUAACAUACGACCAUGUUUGCAAAAAUUGUGACCAUGUCAUCGCCAGGCAUGAAUACACUUUCUCUGUUGUUGAUGAAUACCAGGAGUACACCAUGCUCUGCAUGCUGUGUGGAAAGGCAGAGGACUCCAUCAGUGUGUUACCAGAUGACCCCAGACAGUCUGCGCCUCUCUUCUAGACCUUACACCUGCAGGUCACUUUUUAGAUAGUGUCACAACCACGGACGUGUUGCUGGCUGCCCUCAUCAGGGUUCCAAUCUUUUUUUUUUAUCAUGCAUUCAAAAUUGUAUGCACAUUUUCAUUUUAAGUACACCGUAUUUUAAGUCUUUGGCUGUUUAUAAACUACUGUAUGCUGAUAUCAGUUGAGCAGGACAUAUAACUUAAUAUUUUCCUACAUGACAACAACUAUUCUGUAUUUGAAUUUACGAUGUACUGUAAAUAAAUAUUUUUUACAUUUUA